AUGACGCUCUUGAACACGUCUCGCUCUCUCGUUGGACUGACGCGUUUGUAGAGUCGGACUUUAAUGCAGUAUUGUUCACUUGUCAAAGGCAGUGGAGGAAAUCAGGAAACGCUGUUUGCCUAUGCAAAAUGAGUUUUACUAUUUGUGCAGCCAAACCUGAAGACUGUAAAGAUAUAGCACGCAUGAUUAUGGAAUUGGCCGUUUAUGAAAAGAUGCCCGACCAAGUGAAGAUAUCCCAUAAAGAGUUGGAGAGGGAUGGAUUUGGCCCCAAUCCUUUUUACCAGUGUCUUGUAGCUGAGGUACCUGAGGACCAUAAGUCUAAAGAUGGACAUACCAAGGUUGGCUAUGCUCUCUUCUUCUAUACAUACAGCACUUGGAAAGGGAGGACUGUGUAUAUGGAAGAUCUGUAUGUGAUGCCAGAGUACAGAGGUAAAGGCAUUGGAAAGGCUUUAAUGGCAACUGUCGCCAAAGUGGCCAAAGAGCAGCAUUGUGUGCGUUUACAGUUCUCUGUACUAGACUGGAACAAGCCCUCUCUAGACUUUUAUUUGGCUAAAGGUGCAGAGGACCUCACAGCUAAAGAGGGCUGGCAUUUUCUCCGCUUUCAUGGAAUAGCUCUGGAUAAUCUAGCACUGGAAGCACCUUAAAGAACAUUAAGACAUGUGACAAGUUUAGUUAAUGUCAGUGUCUAGUUUUGCUUUGUAUGUUUAAAUGCCUUACCUUCAGUCUUAGAAGAAAAGGUUUGAAUGUUGAAACAAGAAAAAUAAAAAUGUUGAUAAUAUUAUAAUUAAUCUUUUAAUUAAAUUUAACUUUGUGCAAUGCAAAGUAAUUUUGACAUCUUUGAAAUACAUGUUGUAAUAAACAUCUUGCAAAUA